AUGGCGUUUGCUGGGACAAAUGUCAGUUUGUCCCAGCCGGAUAUAACGCAAAAACUGACGGAGCGCAUAGAUGAUCUGAAGCAGAGAAUCGCUGCUUGGGGAAAGCGGAUUCGGCGAUAUACCGAGAGGUCGACACGGUUCAACCAGAAUCGUCUCUUCCAGAGUGAUCAGAAGAGGCUCUAUAAAUCAUUGGAGCGACCAAUGGUAAGUGGAACGGGUCCAGCACCGAAUCAGGCCGACACUGUAGCAUUCUGGCGCGGCCUGUGGUCAGAGCCCAUAAACCACAGCGAGGGCCCUUGGACGGAAGUUGUGGCGAGUCAGUGUGCGGGUAUUACGCCCAUGGACCCCGUCAUCAUAACGCCGGAGGACGUAGCUGAGGCGGUUCGUAGGGCCCCGAACUGGAAAAGUCCGGGGCUUGACGGGCUGCAUCACUACUGGCUGAAGGGGUUCAUGGUGUGUCACUCUGUGCUCGCCCGACAGUUUCAAGAGGCUCUCAACCAGAAGUCGCUCCCAAGCCUCUUCACUACUGGGAUCACUCAUUUAGUUCCUAAAGACCAGGGUACCACAGACCCGAGCAAAUACCGCCCCAUCACGUGUCUACCGACCAUAUACAAGACACUAACAUCCAUUUUGAGCGCGAGAAUCACUUGA